AUGUUUUACGAGCUCGUCCCGGCCUACGCCAAGUUCCAAAGCUUCCUCCAGAGUGGAGGAGAGAUUUUCAAUGACCUCUCGGUUAUCCCUUGGGAUUGUGAGGAGAAGGCGCGAACGUUUCUCGCCUUCGACUCAAAAGAGAGGUUCGUUGGCUUUGGCAAGGCCUUUCACCAGUUGCGUCCUCAAGGUGCGCAGAAUUUACACCUGGUGGGCUCGAAUUACUUCGUCAUUGGAGUAAAAAUCGUCCCCUUGGAUGAAGAAUUCAUGGUAAUCCAUGAAAAAUCUGCGAGCUUCACAGCACUGUCCCACGCGGUGGAUACCUUCAUCCGGUUCAAGUGGAAUGCUUUCGCCGGCGAAAUGUCGCUGAAGUGGUCGUUUCCACAGUUGGACUUGCUAAAUGAGGGCAAUUUGCCUCAAGUCCAGAACAGCCUCUCCGUGGAAGGUUUCUGGAAGAAGUUUUCCUCUACCAGAGGAAAAUUUACGAGCCUCCGAAUCGAAAUCGGUGGAAUUGCCGACGCUUCUUUAGCCCAACAGGCGAGUGUAAAAGCUCAAUUCAAGCGACGGAUCUCCAGAUGCCUGGGCCCGUUUCAAGAUCUUCAUCAAAACGGAAAACUUCUUUGCCCCGCGCCUGCGAAUUUCAGCUACAAUAAAGCGGAUUUUCCGGCAGAAACGAUCAAGGCUUGGGACAAGUUUCUUCUCACUUUGAAAAAGGCUGCAAGAGCAUCUGCAUAUGGCGAAACAGGGCGCCGAUGGACUGGCAUCCAAGAAAACUUUCUCCUCACCUCUUUAGCCAUGUGGCCAGAGGCGCGACACAAGAUCAAGGCCACACAAAAGAUCUUGCAGGAAGAGCUUCAUCUAAUCGGAGAGGACAUCGGGGAUGCAGAAGCUGGAAUAGAUGAAGCAGUCUUCGUUGUCGCAUCGAAGCAAAUAUCUUGGCUUUCAGAUAUGGCCAAAAGCCAGACUGAAGAUGCGGUGGCAUUCCUCACUUCUCUCAUUCCGGGCCCAAGACCUGACCGCCUGAACGAACUCAUCAAGCUAGAAGGAGUCUUCAGGGACCUGGAUAGCGUCCUCUCAUCAUCCCUUCCGCGGUUGGAAGCCUCUAAGAUUCCAGCGGUAGCUCUGCUGUUCGAGGAGGACUCGGCCUACCCAUUGGUCUGCACUUAUAAAGCAGAUUGCUUCUCCAUCAUCAACCCUAACACCAAAGAUGCGUGCUGGCUUGCGGUGGAAAGUGGCCUUACAGGCACCAUUGGUCAGAUCAUCGAAAGAGAAGACAUGGAAGACAGGUUCUUUGGCUUCGAUCUGAGCGAAAGGGCCCUCAUCAUAAAACUGGUGGCGAAAGAAAAAUGGCCAAAAGAAAUCAACUGGAUGACCGAAUGCAGCCGAAAGCGACGGAGGUAA